AUAUACAGACCAACAAUGUCAAACAAUGGCAUCCGCAAGCGUUCCCUGCCGUCAGCGCCGCGCGGCAAGCCACGGAAGCCGCGCAAGCAGCUCUCCGAAGACGAAGACAGCAACGACUCGGUGACGUCGGAGCCGAGAGAGCAGCAGAGGACGCCGUCACCGAUGGGCGAUGAGCCUACUGUCAAGUUACCCGAGGAGCUGCUGAAGACGUUCUAUAAGACCCCCGGAGUGCUGAUGAUCGCCGGCCUGGUCUCCUGGGACCUGACAGCCAAGAAGGAGAACGCGACCGCCCGCACCCAUCCCAACUUGUACACGUUCCAUCGGCUCACAGACCGCAAGUACCGCCUGAUCGUGAGCUCGUGCAGCGCGGGGCACUCCGUCCUCAUUGGUGAAGAUGGUACAGCAUAUACUUUCGGUCGCAACGGCAGCGGUCAGCUAGGCUUCGGCGACACAACCACCCGGAACGUGCCUGAAGCGGUGCCAGCUCUGCACGGCAUCAACAUCAUCCAUGCGGCCGUCGGGCGACACCACUCGCUGUUCGUCACAGACACGGGCACGGUGUACGCUUGCGGCGACAACAAGAGCGGCCAGUGCGGGCUGGGGAGCAGCUCGCCGCAGGUGCUCAAGCCUACUCGCAUACGAUACACCGGCAAACCAAUCGUCAAGGUGGGGUGCGGGGCGGAAUUCUCCAUGAUCUUGGACUGCAACGGCGGGCUGCACUCGUUCGGUCUGCCCGAAUACGGACAGUUGGGCCACAACACCGACGGCAAAUACUUCGUGACGUCGACGAAGCUCUCGUACCACUUCGAGACGGUGCCGAAGCACAUCGCGCUGUUCUUCGAGAAGACCAAGGACGGCCACGUGGUGCCCGUCAAGGACGUCGACAUCGUGGACUUCUCCUGCGGGAACAACCACACGGUGGCCAUAGACUCAAAGAAGCGCGCGUUCAGCUGGGGCUUCGGCGGCUUCGGUCGUCUCGGUCACGCCGAGCAAAAAGACGAGUCGGUACCUCGCCUUAUCAAGUAUUUCGAUACCGCGGCCCGCGGCGUGCGCUCCGUACACUGCGGCUCUACCUACAGCCUUGCUGUUAAUGAGAUCGGUACUCUGUUCCUAUUCGGGCAGACGAAACGCACUGGAGAGGCGAACAUGUACCCUAAGCCAGUUCAGGAUCUCACCGGCUGGAACAUUCGUAGCAUCGGUACAAGUAACACCUCCAUCGUGAUAGCGGCCGACGACUCCCUCAUAGCCUGGGGCGUGUCCCCGACCUAUGGGGAGCUGGGCACCGGUGAAAUCACCAAGUCAACCGCCAAGCCCAAAGAGGUAACCCGCAUGGAGGGUACCAACGUGACCCAGGUGACCAUGGGGUAUUCGCACACUCUGCUGCUCUGCGAUGACUCCACGGACGCGGUCAAACAGAAGCUCGCCACCAUGCCUGUCUUUGACCCUUAGAUUCGGUAACUGUAACUCAUAAUUUAAGUAUGUUUUUAACCUACGGGUUAGACCUUUACAUUCGUUGCUAAUGGUGAAUUCCACAUAAUUUAAGUUUAUUUUAAAUCCCCCGAAACCUUUCGGUAACCUGGUCUACAUAAUAUAACUCACCUUUCAGUGAUAUCUACGAGUUAAUACUAUGCUAUUACCUUAGACCCGUCGCUAUCGGUACCUCCUAUAUAAAAUAGUCUGUUUUUAACCCUAUGGGAUGUGGUAAACAUUGUUACCGUAAUAUAAACAUCCCAUCACAGGUGUAUAGCUUACCCUUCAGUGAUAUUGAUAACUCCCCAAUACCCUACGAGUCUGUUUUACCCUACGAGUUAUUUACCUACAACUCAUGCCUCAGUAAUAUUUUGAGUAGGUUUAAACUACUAGACCGCGAGCCAGGAACAGAUCGCCUCCCGGAUGAUAACUCGUAUAGCGGUUAACGGCUUUGUACGAUGAACCCUCAUGGACGUCAGCUGCCGCUCCGUUGGUGGGUUGAGGAAUGACAGCCACCGAAACACGUAAUAAAAUAAUUUUGUCAUCGCCCCCGUUUGAUACUUUGUCAGAUGAUAGUUUAGAUACUAUUUAAUAAAUAAAUAUAAAUAUUAUAGGACAUUUUUUUACACAAAUUGACUAAGCCCCACGGUAAGCUCAGGAAGGCUUAUGUUGUACUCAGACAACGAUAUACUAUAUAAAUACUUAAAUACAUAGAAAACAACCAUGACUCAGGAACAAAUAUCUGUAUCAUCAUACAAAUAAAUACCCUUACCAGAAUUCGAACCCGCGACCAUCGGCUUCACAGGCAGGGUCACCCAUCCACCCACCACCACCCACUAGGCCAGACUGGUCGACUAUUAUUAAUAAAAAAAAACCGUUUAUAGCAGUGGAAAGACCGUCAGUUACUUUUUUUUUAUUGGGAAACAGCUUUCAAUCUUACACAAUAUGAAUUAAUAUUAAUAAUGCACAAGCCAAAACAGUUUCCACUGGUAAAUUAAAACAGAAAUGCUCAAAGGGAAUAACUUAAUGAAAUACAAAGAAUACAAAUAAAAAGUAUUAUCCAAAGCAAUCAAGUAAACCGAAAGUUAUUGAACUAAUAUUUUAACUGACAGUUGCUAGUUAAAACGAGAAAAAAAAAUCACAUACUUAGUUACCUACUCGUACUUACAUCCUAUACUUACGUAAGUGUGUUGUUAUUUAGGUUAUAGUUUAUUUUUCAUUGAGGUGACAAAUUUACCCAGCUCGAUGUUGAACACAUCAAAAUUGGAAUAUUUAGCGUUAUACGUUGAGCAUGCUCUAACAAGAUAUGAGUUUAUGAAGUACCUAGUACGACAGAAUGGAAUGGCAAAUAAAGCUUUAGAUCUAGUUCGGGAAUUAGGACAUAUAUAUGAAAUAUUGCGACUCGAUUAGAUGGUUUAAUAAUUUAAACAGAAAAUUUUGAUCUUUUUGCUCCCUCCGCAGCUGGAGACUUACCAUGUUAUCACUAUCGAACAAUUUAAAUCUAUAUUUCAACCAUUUAAUACAUUUAUUUUGGAUUUUUCUGAUGACAUUAAUGCACUGCAUAUUGAGGACUCCAAAAGACCGAUGAGAAUUCUAAAUGCGAUCUGACAAAGGCAUUAUAAAGUAAAAUAAUGGUUCGAGGAUCACAAUUUUUUUUACUUUUUCGGAAAAUAAAACCUAACAUUCUAUAUGCCUUUGACGUAAUUUUGUCAAUAUGAGAAGUGAGCUGAAUUUCGCUGUCUAUGUAAACAUCAAGAUCUCUUACUUCGGUAACCCUAUUCAGUUUUUUGUUCUUGAUCUGGUAAUCAAAAUGAAUUGGGCUACGCUUACGAGAGAAUGAAAUACAGUAACACUUUUCGAUAUUGAGGUCAAGACAGUUUUUGGCGCAGUAAAGAUCUAACCUUUUUAGGUCAUCCUGUAAAAGUAUGCAAUUUUCAAUAGAUUUAACCAAGGUAAAAAUUUUAGUAUCGUCGGCAAAAAGUAAAAUUUUCGAAUAGUGAAAGCAUUUAACUACGUCGUUAAUAAACAUGUUAAACAAUGGUUAAACAGCAAGGGACCCAAAUGGGACACCUGUCAAAACAGGGACAAAAGAGGAGGUAUAUCCUUUGACAGAUACCGCCUGGGAACGAUGUCGAAGGUAAGGUGUUACUUGCAUAAACAUGUAAAGAAUUGUAGCAUUUCAUCAGGCGUUUCAAUAAACGCCUUACGGAUUUGCGGACAUAAAUGGUAAGGCGCGUAUUUUUACAUGUUUAUGCAAGUAGCUGACCGUCUUUCCACACUUUAUUUAUUAUUUUGUUAUUUAUAAAAGCAGCUAAACUAUCAUCUGACAAAGUAUCAAGCGGGAGUCGAUGACUGACGAUAUUUGCUCCUGGCCCACGGUCUAUACGGGGGAUCUUUAACGUUGACCUUUUGGUAACAUUGCUAGAUAUUAGUGUAAUUCUUCCAGGUGAAUCUAAAUAUUAUUUAUAUCUUAGUUCCAAGUAACACCUCCUGCUAUACCAUAAGUCUGUUUUUGACCACCGGGUCUACUUUAAUCUUUUUUCUCGGUAAUAUUAGUAGUUUAUGAUACCAUAAGUUUGUUAAAACCCGUUGUAGAUAGAUUUUCUGCGACAUCUUACUGAUUCCAAUGUUAAUUGAUAUAUCCACUAUAAUUUUAGUCUAUUUUUAAUUCCCAGAUGACCAUUCGACUCUUCUUUUGGUAGCAUUGGUAUUAUUUGUAAGAUUGGUGAAAACCUUCGGGUUGUUAUGAGUUACUAAAUAUGUAUGUAUGUACUUAUUACCAUUUUUCGGUAACUUUAAUACUAAUACAAACUAUUACUUAGAUAGGUUUUAACUGACUAAAAUGGCGCUGCAGGUUUGGAUUUUCUCUAUCGCGUGUAACUGAGAUUGAAAGUGGCAACCAUUGGCGCAAUGUCCUUGACGGGGACAUUUACGUCAUAUUAACUAUUUUACACUUAGUAGGUUUAAUAAGGAACUCAAAUGUGGAACAGCAUGCACUUAGGCUCAGGCGAUGCCGCUUGGCAUGAUUGUUCCUAAGGUCAAACAAACCUGAUUUGCCCCGGUAGCCACGAGAUCGUACCGUGCAUACCCCCCAAAAAGUCCAAUUUUUUAUUUAGUGCGUAAGUAUCGCCAUGUAACAUCCAAAAAUUGUAGACGGGUCUAACGCGAAUUUUAUUCAAUUACCUUUAUUUACCGACGUUUCGACACAGGUUUCACAUAACACACAUUACCAUUACAUUAACAUUAUGUGUAGUGGGUGGUUUGAAAAUGUGACGUCUACCCCAAACUUUUCCAUACACUUUUCGUCGGGUAGUUGCACAAAUCUCUGUUUUGACAUUUUACUGGGACAUUAGUCAGCCGCGACCACGACCAGUGAAACCUGUGUCGAAACGUCGGUAAAUAAAGGUAAUUCAAUAAAAUUCGCGUUAGACCCGUCUAUAAAUGUGAGUUAAUAUGUGUUCAAAACGCGAAAGUUUUAAAUAUUAUAUCCAAAAUUGUCACAAAAAAAUACAUAACAUUUUCAUUUUUUGUACAAAUAUAAUUUUUUUAGUAUGGAAAGGUAUAAUAAUUAUUUCAAAAAUAAAUUCCUCGGCCCUAAAUUAUAAGAAAAUGGUAUAUUAUACUGCGUCAAGCAAAUCUUGUCAGUAGCAAUAGCAAUGUAAAGCAAACUAAAGUAGGGCAACACUCAAAGAGCAGUCCUACGUAACGUCAAUUCAAAUUGUCACUCGCGGUUUAUAGAUUUUUUUUGAAAUUGUUAUUCAUAUGUACGGACAAUUUAAAAGCGGUGUAAAAACGAUGUUAAUCAAAAUUAUUAACAAAUUUGAAGAUCACAAAAUAAAAUUAGAAGCAGACUAUGCCGUUAAACAAGUAUGUACUUCAUAUGUCAUAUGAAUAAAACAUUUGCUUCCGCAGGUAGAGACGUCCUACUGGAUUUUAAUAUUUUAUUAGAUUUCUCAGUUGGCACUGUAAGCAUUGUAGGAACCUUAGCUUUGCUUAGGACGCAAUCUUUUUUAAUAUAUUUAUUGGUAUUUAAGGGCGGUGGUAUCUCUUGAAAUAGAAACGAUUCAGAAUGUAAACAAACCGGAUAACAUUCACGAUCCACAUUCCACAGAUAAAACACAGAUGACACGCGAUUUUCGAAUUAUUCGAACACAGUGUUGCUAACCUGCAAUUUUUCAAAUUUGCCGCCGUUUGCUACUGACAAGAUUUGCUUGACCCAGUUUGCUUACCCUAGUUGCUAAGAACAUGAAGAAAUAUAGCAUAGAUUGGACCUGGGGAGCCGACCCUUUCGACCCCCCCCCCCCUCUUCCCCCCUUUUUGGGGGGUAUGCACGGUACGAUCUCGUGGCUACUGGGGCAAAUCAGGUUUGUUUGACCUAAGGAACAAUCGUGCCAAGCGGCAUCGCCUAAGACUAACUAAACUGCAUGCUAAAUGACCUUACUCAACCUACUACACUAGGUAUAUUAUCAAGUCGUGGUGAAAAUCUUUUGCAUUUAUAGAACAAUUUAAUUUAAGCUACAGUCUGGCUACGGUCGGCAUCAACUAUGUACAUAGUGACGGCCAAACUGGCCAAAUAUAUCGGAACACAGUAAAUUCUUUCUGCGUUGAUUCGCAAACGCGUUCUCUCGUUGAAACUCCUCGUUAAGAAGCGAAAUAUGUCGAGCAAUAUUCUACUUAAAAUACGUUACGUGAGUGAUCAGUAAGUAAUGUAUUUUAUACCUGUCUCGUUUCCUCCAUAGGUGUUGCUGCGAUAAAUUUGACCAGUUAGGCUGUCAAUAUCUAUUGCCUGUUACAUGAUAUUGUACAUACAUAUGAGAAUAGUUUUCUUAUUAUGAUGUCUUUUCAAUACUAUGUACCUAUCUAAAUCCAAUUUUGAUCUGUUAUUGUGCUCGAAUUUACAUUACGAUUAUGUACAAAUAGAACAAUCAUGACAAUUUUA